AUGUCCAAGCACUACGGUGUUUGCUGCGACGGUUGCAAUGCAAAUGAAUUUUCUACGACUCGUUAUAAAUGUCAAAUCUGUCCAGACUAUGAUCUAUGUUCGACAUGUUAUAACACUAAGAAAGAGACGCAGAGCCAUUUGAACUCACAUAGAAUGAUCGCGAUUGGAUUACCGGCAGUGAAGGAGCCAGAUUCACUCGCGAAACAACACACAGAUCAGAUGAAUCAACUCGAAGCUGCAUAUUUAUCAAGGCUCUCAUCGAAUAUGUCUACUGAUAGUAUUCGAAAGAAAACACUCUCGAGAUCAACUGAAAUGCUCGAUAGAGAAAUUCGAACGAAGAUGAUCUCAUCGACAGAGACGCUUGAUAAACGUGUCACUAGUGAAAGUUGGUCGAAGAUGGUCUCAUCGACGGAAUCUCUUAACGAGAAGUCAACUCGAGUGAAAAUGUCCGCGUCAACUGAGAAACUGACCAAACGAUCAAUCACGGAUAAUCGAAGAGACACACGACCAUUUUUAGUACCCACAACUGAUAAUCGAGCGAAGACAACUGUGUUCUCAGUUGAAUAUUUGGAGAAGUUCUCGUAUAAUGAAUUACAUGAAUUUUUAAUUCAACAUGAUGAAAGCCUUCGUUCACUAGCAGAAAAAUGCAAGAAGGAACGAGUCUCUGGUCUUGAUCUAAUGAAUUUCGAAGACGAUGAUUAUAAAAACCUGCUAAUUACCUACGGAGAAAAGAAAAAGCUUAAAUUAUUAAUCGAACAAAAGAAAUCCAAAUCGACUUCUUCUUCUACCUCAAAUUCUACACAAGAGCAAGCUGAACUAAAUCAUUUGCGACAAACUCUGCAAACUUACAAACAAGAAAUUCAAGAAAAACACGAGGUAAUCCAAAGACUUGAGGAAAUCGCCAAAAACCGAGAUCAAUACGCACAAAAACGAGCUCUCAUCAUUAAAGAAUUGCAAAUCACAUUAGAACAACAGAGUGCUCAACAUUCGUUAGUACAAAAACUAGUGCAGCAGUUAUCUUCUGCUACUUCAUCUACAAAAAACGGCUUUUCUCAAUUGUCGCCGGUAGUUCAAGACCAAUUGUUAAAUAUACCCGAGAAUGCUACAAAAAUUCCGAUUGUUCCAUUAAGUUCAUCGAUUGUAGAGAUUCCUAUAAUUCAAUCGAAUACACCGAUAGUCAUCGAGUUAGAUCAAAGUAUACCACAUAUUCCAACGACAAAAAUGUCCCUUCCAAAUUCGUCCACAGGUCCGCAUUCUUCCAGUGUUCAUUUCUUAACGUUCUAUCAUCCCGAUAAAAAUGCUCUGGUGACAAAACCAGUUAUUCAUGAUCCGUAUGAUAUGAACAAUUACGGAACACAUAAAUUAAUAAUCUACUCCGAAGAUUCGCAGCACAUUAUUACAGAAACAUUAUUAAAUGUUAUUCCGGAAAUCGAAAUAUGUGUUCCGAAAAAAUUCGCUAUUCGCGAUUCUGUUAAUAACGUCGUCAUUGGAGGAAUUAUCACUUUGAGAUCUGCUAACGAAGAAUCCGUACUUUUUACCGGUACAACAGAUCAGGAUGGUUUGAUAAUUCUACCCGAUAAUCUUCCCGAUGGGUCUUAUCGAGUGGAAAUUCAUUCGCCAAAUAACCCAAAACUUCAACAUUUGAAAUUUGUUAUGGUGAUUUUUCAAAAUCGACGGCAGAGCGUUUUGAAUAAGUUCAUCGGACGAAGUGACUUGGAAUCCAAUCAGAUACAUAUUGUGCUCGAAUGGAACGCUGAGCCACGAGAUUUGGACUCACAUUUAUACUCAUCCGACGGAAGACAUGUUUACUUUCAAAAUAAAGACGAUCGAGAUAUGACAUUGGACUGUGAUGUAACAACUGGCUUCGGUCCAGAAACGAUUACAUUCACUCUUCAACCGAAUUUGAAAUAUGUCUAUGCUGUUCAUCGUUAUUCACCAGAACCAAAAUUGACGCAAUCGAAAGCAAAAGUUACAUUUUAUCUAGAUGCGGAAAAGACGCAAAUUAGUAAAGUUGGAUCUCAGGACAAGUUGACCAAUAGUGAAACACAUCACAUACCAGAAAUAACACGUCCCAAUGCGACAUUUUGGGUUGUCUGCAUGAUUGAUGGUUCAACGAAACAAAUUCGUUUCUUUCCAAAUACUUUUGAAGAACAUAAUAGUUUUGAUACUGAUCUCAUUGGCAGAACAAUUUGUCUUUCGGAUUGCUAA